UAGCCGGUAGUGAAAUACAUCACAAUGAUUAAUCGCCUGAUAAAGCAUUUAAGUACGCUCAAUAAAAACUGAGGAGGUUGGGUAAGAUAACGUUUGGCAAUAUGAUGGAUUCUUGGUCCACAUAAACCUAUGGAUAAUUGUAUUCGUUGAGUUUGUAUUUGAAACUAAUUUUGUAGAGCGCAUAGACGCCAAAUUUGAACACCCCGCAGCCAGCGAUGUCGAGACAAGGGAGACAUUUCUUGCUGCUGCUCUGGAAGAACUUUCUGCUUCAGAAGCGGAAGGUCAAGACAACGGUCUUCGAAAUCGGACUACCUACGUUCUUCGCUCUCAUCCUCAUUUUCAUCCGCCUCAGGGUGACGGGCGAGAUGGAAGAGAAAAAUGUAUGGAGAGAGUGCAACGGAUGGAAACAACUUUCUUCGACGCUACCGAAAAAUCUGAGUUUUACCCCUGACAACGAAGUCACACGUAAAGUCAUGCAUCACGUUGUUAGUCAGCAAAUAGGAAUCAUCGGUACGCAGGGCUUAAGUUCUGAGGAUGAGAUGGUGCGCUUUUUGAUGUUUGAAAAUGCCACCGUCAACAACACAAGAGAUUAUCUAGCGGGUGUCGUGUUCUCCAACAGUUUCUCUGGAAACGGUUCCAGUUCACCCAAGAAUAUCGUGUAUAAGCUCCGAUUCUCAUCAUCGCCACGCAAUUCUAAGGAGAUUUGGAAAUUUGGACUGAAUCCAUACCGUAUGAACAACAACUGGCAAACCGAUUUCGUUUUCCCGUUGUUCCAACAAGUUGGACCAAGGACCCCUGAUAAGACUUGUGGUGGACCACCAGGUUAUGCGCCGGAAGGCUUUCUUGCUGUACAAAACGCCGUCAACAUGGCCAUCAUAAAGGUCGCAGAGAGAGGAACCUCUCCCAACAUGACUCCUUACGCCGAUAUGUCCCUGAUACGACAUCCUGACCCCGCAUACAACGCCGACAACUUCAUCUUGGUAAUUCAGCAGCAGUUCCCUCUUAUCAUCAUGCUAAGCUUUGUCCUAGUGGCCCUUAACGUCGUAAAAGAUGUGGUGCACGAGAAGGAAAGAAAACUCAAGGAAUCUAUGAAAAUGAUGGGUCUCAACAAUUGGCUUCAUUGGACUGCAUGGUUCGUGAAAUACCUGCUGUUUUUGUGCAUCACUGUGGGGGUCAUGACCCUGCUCCUGUGCGUGGGGACAGCUAAAGGGCCAGUAAUAGGCAAGACGGACCCUUCUGUGGUCUUCGUAUACCUCAUCGUGUACUCCGUUUCCACCAUAUCGUUCUGCUUUGCCGUAAGCGUCUUCUUCAGUAAAGCCAACUCUGGCGCUGCAGCCGGUGGGUUUCUGUUCUUCGUGACAUACAUCCCCUACUUCUUUAUCCAGCCGCGUUAUGCGACCUUUACCUGGGGACAGAAGCUGGUUUCCAGCCUCGUUUCCAACGUCGCCAUGGCGUACGGAGGCCAAAUUAUAGGCAUGUUUGAAGGAACAGGCGAGGGUGUUCAAUGGAGCAACAUUCGAAGAGGGGCGUCUAUAGAUGAUAAUUUCUCGUUGUUCAAUGUCAUAAUGAUGAUGCUGGCGGACGCCGUACUUUACGGAAUGAUUACGUGGUAUGUGGAGGCCGUGUUUCCAGGAGAAUACGGCGUUCCACAGAAAUGGUACUUCCCGUUCACUUGCUCGUAUUGGUGCGGAACGCAUUCAGAUGAGUUUGUGCUCGAAGAUAAGGGAAGAUCAAUUGGGCAGGUACCGGAGUACUUUGAGGCAGACCCAGAGGGCAAAAAGGCAGGAAUAUCGAUCCGCAAUCUCCGAAAGGAAUUUAAAAACGGAGGGAAAAAGAAGGUGGCUGUUUGUGGUAUGACCUUGGACCUGUAUGAAGGUCACAUUACAGCGCUCCUCGGUCACAAUGGAGCCGGAAAGACAACCACUAUGUCUAUGCUGACAGGUUUCAUUCCCACGAGUAGUGGUACAGCCCGUGUGAAUGGGUUCGACAUAAGACAAGAUAUUGCUAACGUUCGCAGCAGCCUGGGCCUGUGUCCACAGCACGACGUUCUAUUUGACAGCCUCACUGUAGAAGAGCAUCUGACAUUCUUUGCCAGGUUGAAGGGCUAUUCCUUGCUACGAUUUGGAAGAGGAAAUUAACCGAAUGCUCCGCACAAUCAAUCUUGAGAACAAACGACACUCUCAGGCGAUGACACUCUCAGGAGGUAUGAAGCGUAAGCUAUCAGUUGCCAUAGCACUGAUUGGAGGAUCGAAGGUUGUUAUCCUAGAUGAACCUUCAUCUGGAAUGGACCCAGAAGCCCGCAGACAACUUUGGAAUAUCCUGCAGCAGAAUAAAGUCGGUCGCACGAUAGUUUUGUCCACGCACUUUAUGGACGAAGCAGAUCACCUUGGCG